CAAGGACAUUUUAAAUUCUUGAUACUGGCGACAUCAUCGGAAAAACCAAUAAUCCAUUACAACCUCUGACACACACAUUGCACAGCUAUCGCUAAAAACCAGCAACCAACUGCAGUGGCCGAUUCGUGAGCAGACGUGAAUUUAGCUUCCGACCGAAAAGAUUCGCAAUAGAACUUGGAUUCAUUUUCUUCAACUCAAUAGUCGUUUAGUUGUUUGAUAUAAAAUAUGUGGCAUCUUAUGUCGUUAACAAUAACUUUUGUCGUGUGUUUCUUGUCGGCGAUAAAUUGUGUCACAGCUGCUCCAAUCAACAAUGCCAACGAAGCAGCGGAUUAUCUGGAAAGAUUCGGCUAUUUGGAACGUGGGCCUCAGGACUCUUCCUAUUGGGAAAGUUUUUCAGUUGAAUCUUUAAGUGAUGCAUUCAGAGAUUUUCAAUCCUUUGCUGGAUUGGAGAAAACGGGUAUACUUGAUGAGGCGACGAAGGAACUGAUGAAUAAACCGCGUUGUGGUGUUCCGGAUCGAAUUCGCUCCGGUUCUUCCAGCACUCGCCGGAAACGGUUCGCCAUUCAAGAAAGCCAUUGGCCUAAGAAAGAAUUAACUUAUAAAAUUAAGAAAUACACGCCGGAUAUGAGCCCAUAUGACGUCGAUCGUGAAAUCGCCAGAGCCUUUCAGAUGUGGGAGAACGUGACCGAUUUGACCUUCUUCCCUAUUACAAAUCAAUCGGCUGUCGUCGACAUCGACAUCCUUUUUGCGUCUAGAAAACAUGAUGAAGAUUGCAAGCCCUUUGAUGGCCCGGGUGGUACUUUAGCUCACGCUGCCUAUCCUAUUAAUGGAGGUGAUGCUCAUUUUGAUGACGGCGAAACCUGGACACUCGACUCUGGUCAAGGGACGAAUUUAUUUCAGGAGGCUACUCACGAGUUCGGCCACUCUUUGGGUCUGGAACACACAGACGUAACCACGGCUGUGAUGCAUCCUAUUCACGAAUAUAGUUCUGAUUUCAAAUUAGACAAGGACGACAUCGAUGGCAUUCAGGAAAUGUACGGGAAGAAUCAGUUCAGCAGAAAAUUGGCGCUUGAAUUAAAAGCCACUGUUGAGCUCUUAAAAACAACCGUGAACAAUUUGGAGAAAACGAAUACCGAACUAAAAAAUGCAAAGAGUGAUUUCAAUAAAAGAUUAAAAGAAUGUACAAGUAGUAAACAGGAGUUGGAGAAAACGAGAGCAUAUUUCACCAAAACCGUCGAUGAUUUAUCCGCAAAAUUAAACGCCACCGAUAAAAAAUUGGCAGAAACGACCGGGGAAUUGUCAACUGAACUCAAACUUUGUGUAGCGAAUUCGGAUCGAUUAGGUAAAGAACUAAAAAUUGCUGAAGAAAAUUUGAAAAAAGAUCUGAGAGCAACCUCAAAUGAUUUGAAAACAACAAAAAGAACUUUGGCCUCAACGAGAACGGAAUUGAACAGCACCAAGUCAGCCGUUGAGGAUUUGACAACCAAAUUAAAUGUUAACACUCGAUCCAGUGAACUAGUUGACAUUGGUAAAAUGCCCACCUCGUGUGCGGAUAUGGAGCGAAUGGGACAAAAAGUCAACGGAUUCUUUUUGGUAAAAGGAUCAAAGAAGAUGGAAAUGAUUUACUGCAACUUUUUUGCCAAUCAAAAUGACAACCAGAAAUGGAUCGGAUACGCCGACGUCAAAUCGGCGCCCGUCCAUUUCUACGUCCAGAGAAAUGAUUCAUUUAAAACAGAAAACACUCCGAUCCCGUUCGAUUUGGCGGUGAUGAACGAGGGAAACGCCAUGAAUUUGACAUCGGGGAAAUUCACGGCCCCGCGACCGGGAAUUUAUUUUUUCUCUUUCACGGGAGUUGCGCGUCUUGAAGAUUCAUCUAUUGUUUAUUUGUCUUCUCGUCUUUAUCUGAACGGGAAUCGAAUCGCGACGAGUUAUGUUGAAGAGAGUAACGACCCCGUUUAUCAAUAUAGUCCGUUGACCCUCCAGUCGACGCUGAACUUGAAAAAAGACGAUCAAGUCUGGAUGCAGAUUUCUUAUCCUCCCGGUACAUCCGGUACGUAUUUGUAUGAUGACGGUUCCCACUCGACCCAUUUCACGGGUUUCAUGUUGGAGGAGGAAAUUGCCGCGUCACUUUGAGGUUCAACUUCAUCGGCGACACGAAACAUUUUCGACCCAAACAUUUUUGUUUCAUGUCGACAAGAAAAUUUGGGGAGAAAGAGAAUUUUAAGGGGGGGGGGGGGAUUCGUUCCACUCUAAUUCAUUUAGGAAUAAGAAUUUCUUUGCCAAAAUUGAACUGUAGAUGUAAUUAUACUUACUGAAUACACAAACCUAGUUUCAAAA